AUGGAGAUGGUCAUCACAUCACCUACUGCUGGUGGUCACUUUUGACUCGCCACUCGUACUCGUGACUCUUGAACGUACAGAAGCAGAGUAUGCCAGCUUGGUCACUCAGUACACAGCCCAUCUUCUUGCUUACCACUCGCCAUCACCAACGACCCCUCUCAACAUCGUCCAUUCCUUCGCAAGCUUGCAAAAGCAAGCGCUCUUGUCGUCGCUAGGUGACGUCCCGGUGCGGUUACAAGCAGCUUAAAGAGAGCGGACAUCGCAUCGGAGCAAAGCCAAGGAUACCGUGCAUUGGUACGCCACCCUGGACCUUCUCUGUGUGCAGUUGAUUGGCAUUUGCUUACCAUUCGAGAGCCUCGCCCGGCUACCCUCCGCUCUUCUUGACUCUUGCGCUUCUAAUCGUUCAUCCGUGGUGGUAAUGUCCUCCAGGAAGAGAGCGAUUUCCCCUUCAGCUCAUGACAAGCGGGAUGCCACCUCUCGUCGCCAAGACGGAAGUGCUCAUCAGCACCGCAGAGAGUGGGAAGAAUACAGAGAUGAGAGACGCAAGGACACUCAUCCACCCGGUAGGCAUGGAGGUGAGCUAGACUCGGGGCGCGCUGUUAGAGCGCCCCACGACAGUCACAGAUCAGAACAUCACAGCUCGAACCAUCAUGCUCGACAUCGUAGCCAUGGUGAUAGAGACUCCAGAAAUGGUUCUCGACAUUCGCAUCGCGAUGCGAUGCCAGACUCAGGAUACCGGGACUAUCCGAGGCAUCAUGAGCAGGACCGCCAUAGAUCUCUUCAACAGGAAGGACGCCUCCCGCGUGGCCCUCGGCAGGAGCAAGAUAGUCUUGUUGGUGGUCUCGAGGCAUCAGAGGUGCUAGAGGAAGGGCAGUGAGUCACGUUCGUACUAUUGCUGCGGCUAGCGCACGCUCAAUCCUAGACCAAUUUGCGCCCCGGGGCAGAGUCAGUCCGGCUCAGAUCAAACUUGUACAGCCAGUUCGCGACACCGCAAUCGAUUUCGAGCUGGAACCGUCGGAGGAAGAAGAGGCGCGUAUGAUUGAAGAGCGGAGAAGGAAGAGGGCCGCAAUCCUUGCCAAGCAUGCGGGCGCUGAGAGCAGCACGUCGACCGCUACUUCUGCAACGCGAAAUCUCAGAGGCAUCUCCAUCAGCGGACAAGAGUCUCCAGGUGCGUCGAGCUUUGUGCGUACUUGAGUGAGAGCGUUCAUUCACGUUCUGCCACCUUCCAAAUUCGUAGCUGUGUUGGACACGCAUCCAUCCGACUCGCCAAUCGGCGACCAAGAGAAAGAUGCUGACUUUGCGCUUGCAAAGGCGGACACGCAAGGCGCGGCCGAUGACGGACACAUUGGUGGUCCUCAGGUGUCCGCAGCCGAUUACAAUCCAGACUCUGAUCGCUUAGAAGACGAAGCCAGGGCUCGAGCAAAGCUGCAGACAAGUACAGGAGCGAAUGGCGCUAGUCAACCAGUCGAGGGGGAACCAUCGCUUGCUGCUGGCAUCGGCGAAGCUCAAGAACGCGUCGAGGGCGCUGAAAGCGAAUAUGAAGAGAUAGAGGUGGAUGACGAUGACGAAGUAGAAGACAUGUUCGCGUUGGGAAGCGAUGACGAAAGUAGCAAGCCGAAGAAAAAGAUCAUUCGAGUGAAGAAAGGAGCAAUUGCUUCACAAGCUGUGAGUGUAUGCUCGAGCCUGCACAGCACAAAGCUCAAUGAUGUGCACUCCUAGACUCACAUUUACAAGUACCGCCGACAGCCCGUCAUCGUUACUGCACCCGAGGUGUCUGCAAAUCUUCUGGACAACUUUGACGACGCUGACGGGUAUUACAAGAUCAAUCUUGGCGAGCGUAUAGGUCCGGAAGGACGCUAUCUGGUCUUUGCCAACCUCGGCAGAGGUAUGUUCAGCAAUGUCGUAAAGGCUCGAGAAACCAUACCUUCCACCAGCACCGAGCCUGCGCGGGAGCGCGAAGUUGCCAUCAAAGUCGUGCGAUCUCAGGAGACCAUGUGAGUGAGGUCGUGCAGCCAAUAGUGUGCACCUCUUCUCAACGGCCACUUUCUAAUACCCCCCAGGUAUAAAGCCGGCAUUAAGGAAAUGGCUAUCUUGCAAAAGCUGGCAUCGCUGGACCCUGAAGAUAAGCGCCACGUCAUUCGUUUGGACAGCCACUUUGAACACAGAGGUCACCUUUGCAUGGUGUUUGAACUUCUCAGGUGCGCGCGAAUGUCGUGGAUCAUUGAGAGAGACGUCAUCCCGCUCAUGCCACGCCGUCAUCUGCUUGCAGCAUGAAUUUGAGAGAAGUAGUCAAGCGUUUCGGUAAAGACGUUGGGCUCAACUACCGCGCAGUUCGAGCGUAUGCCCAUCAGAUGUUUUUGGCUCUGUCUCUGCUACGCAAAGCCAACGUCAUUCAUGCCGAUAUCAAGCCGGACAAUAUACUGGUAGGUGGUCUCUUGCAGCCGCACUUCAACGACAGGAAACUGAUCAUUGUGUCCUGAUCGCCACCCUGCUCAUGUCAGGUCAACGAGGGCAAGAAUGUCUUGAAGCUUUGCGAUCUGGGUUCGGCAUCCGAUGCCACCGAAGUGGAGAUUACCCCUUAUCUGGUCAGCCGCUUCUACCGUGCUCCCGAAAUCGGUGAGUGAGAUUCCCUCUCAACCGGCUCUAGCGUGAAGCUUAUCCGCCCUGCGUGUACGCAGUGCUUGGGGCACCGUACGAUUGCGCAAUCGAUGUGUGGAGCAUCGGAUGUACUCUGUACGAGGUUGCGACUGGCAAGAUUCUGUUCCCGGGCCGCACCAACAACCAAAUGCUGCUCUUGAUGCAAGAACUUAGAGGACGCUUCACCACAAAGCAAGCGAAAAAGGGCAGAUUUGCCGCUCAGCACUUCGACGACACAAACAACUUUCUGAGCAUGGAAAAGGACAAGAACACUGGAGUAGUGAGUAGCGGUGAACAAAGCUUGUCGGAAGUGGCGCCUCGCUGACACGCAUGUUCUUUUGUCCACCUGCGUCUAGGACGUCAUCCGCAAAGUCAAUUUGCAAAAGCCUGUUGAGGAUCUACGCGCGCGCUUACUGCCGGCAAACACCGCAAAGAAGCUAUCUGACGAAGAGUUGCGAUUGACCAACAACUUCAUCGACCUCCUCAAUCGCACGCUGGAACUCGAUCCCGCGAAGCGCAUCACUCCCAGAGAAGCUCUCAAUCACCCUUUCUUGUCUUAG